GCUCACUCACAAUGUGGUGAAGGGAAGAGGGUGAGGCUAAGUUGCGGGGCCUUUUCUCGCUCCCUCCCACCUCACCCAUUAGGAUCCUGAGUGGGGGGCGAGCACUGGUGCGCUUGGCUCAGAGGCCGCUUCCUAAGACCAAGAAAGCGGCUCAUCGGCAGCGGGGCGGCAGGUUGUUUACGUCAGGAUCGUAGUAAAAAACGGGGGGGAGGUUUUCACCCUCCUGAGGAGAGGAACUAGGCUUUCCAUUGGGCAUCUCGUUCUCAAGAACCGCCUGCUAUCCCUGCUUUCGCAUUUUCAUUGGCCGAACCGCACGUCAUUCAAAAAAAAAAAAAACCAAGCCACGAGGGGGGCGGAACGGCCUGACGGGCAGAGAUGAAGGGCAGGACCCGACCAGAGUUUUUUUGCGUCAAUGGAUCAAAGGCGGGCAUUCACGUGGUUGCCGUUUCGGGCACAUCAUUGGCUCUUGCUAAGCCCCGCCUUCUGUGGUCUUGUCCAGAUUCCCAAUGAGGCGUGGUCAUGAGCUGGCCACGCCCCCUUAUUAAAAUAGCCAGUAGCCUCAGGGAAGAAGCCUUUGUACCCUUCUUGCUCACUUCCCUUUUAGAUUGCAAGGGUGUCGUUGCACGUAUUUGCAUAUAUUUUAAAUAAUUAAUUGGCAUAUUUAAAUAAGGGCGGGUCACGUGCGACAUGUCCUUGCCCUCCCAGAGCAGCGCAAUAGCGGUCCCUAUGGCCUCACCAGUGGGGGAGGGAGGGGAAGUACCGCAAAAAUUUAGGUUCACAGCCGGAAGUGCUGCCGUGCUUUACGGCGCGCAGGGUGCUAUUUGCUCCCUGCCGGGGCUUGACCAUCCACGUGCUCAACCUCCCUUUCUCAGCCUCCCUUCCUGGACUGAAGAAAAAGGGAAGGGGAGUAUUGGGGUGUCUGAGCUCCCCCCCAUGGCGGCCGCAGAAGAGGAACAUCCCUUGAGGAACGGGCUGGUCAUGAGUGAGGACGAUGAGGAGAAGGAGGUGAACUUUCAAGCCCAACCGUAUUUAUUUCCAAAGCUGUACAGUGGUACCUCAGGUUACAUACGCUUCAGGUCAUAGACGCUUCAGGAUACAGACCCCGCUAACCCAGAAAUAGUGCUUCAGGUUAAGAACUUUGCUUCAGGAUAAGAACAGAAAUCGGGCUCCGGCGGUGUGGCAGCAGCAGGAGGCCCCAUUAGCUAAAGUGGUGCUUCAGGUUAAAAACAGUUUCAGGUUAAGAACGGACCUCCGGAACGAAUUAAGUACCUAACCCGAGGUACCACUGUACUCUGUGUGAUCCCAUGUGUGGGGGAGGGGUGGUUUAGAGCCAUCCGCGCGUGGGGGAAGCGCUCUGUAAGCUCGGGGGGAUACCUUUGUUGCCUUCUCGUCGUGCUGCGGUAUUCCUGCUGAGCCGCUUUAAUGCAGUUGGCUUUAAGGAUUUCUUUGCCCCGUGAAAGAUGCCCAGGACAGCAUGCCAUACGCGUAGCCAAGGGGGAAGGGGGGGGGCAGUAACGUCGGUUCUGCCCCCCCCCCAACAAAAGUCCUGCUCCCCAGCCACGUCCUGACUCACCCCCCACAAAAAUUCUGGCUACGCUUAUGCAAUAAGGAAUAAAUAUAUUAAAGCUCUGCGAGAUUAAAUAGCAGAACUGGAUUGUUGCCUCCUUGCAAAGGCUUUUGAAAAUUCUACUCUUAAUCCUGAGUUUUGAUCCCGACAUCUGUGUCUCCCCUUGUCCUUUCCUUUUUGCGUUUUUCCUUACGGCCACUCUUCAAAGCUAUAAGCAGUGCUUUUUUCUAUUAAAAGAAGUGCUGGAACUCACCUUGAACUCCUCCCUUGUAAUGGCAAUGGCACCCACCUGAGAGGUGCAGGAACCUAGUUCUGGCAACUUCCAACUGGGGAAAAAAGCCCUGGCUGUAAGGCAGUAAGUCCAGUGAGCAGGUCAGUCUGAUUAGCUGGCAGCUGCAUCUCCUCACAGGUUAGCACUGUCAUGCUAGAGGCUAGGUAUGCUCAGUGGAACCCUUUGAAGGUUUUAUUCAUCAUGUUGCAAGGAUGUCUGGGUUCACCCCUCGGUGAGAUGGUCCUUGGCCCUUAUUCAUUGGUAACCUUUUGUUCCCCAGGCGGACAAUGAAGAAGCAACAAAGAAGCACCACCAGCUUGUGGAUUCACUCACUGCCUUGGCUGGAGCGAAGCGGUAAGAAGGAAGGGAGACUGUUUCAUGGCCCUGGUGAUGGAGACAAAGAAUGAGCGAUCUAAAUAGCUUGAUUUUCCAUUCCUAACUAGGUCAAUGUCCUUCCUUUCUUUUUUUGCAGACGGAGGGCAGUUGAACGCACUGAGGCGAGCAGACAGAUCUCAGAAUUUGAUCUUUGUGGUGGAGGUGAGAGCUCUUGGAGCAUAGCAAUCACUGGCACAGAUGGAUCCUCUGUUACCCCUGGGGCAUAGCUAGGAGGGAGCAUGUGACCAGAUCCAUGUACCAUUUCUCAAUCUCUAGAGAACUGAGAUGCAUGGCUAUAGAACAAGUUUGGCCUUCCAGAUGUUACUGGACAACAACUCCCAUGAUCCCUAGCUAUUGACCAUGCUCGCGGGGCUGAUGGGAGUUGUAGUUCAGCAACAUCUGAAGGUGCCAGAGGUUCCCCACACUUGCUAUAGAACAUAUGCUUUGCAUGCAGAAGAAAGUCCCUGGUUUGGUAUCUCCAGGUUAAAUGGUCACAAAUCAGGUGAUGGGGAAGGUCUCUCUGAGACCCUGAAGAACUGCUGCUAAUCAGAGUGAUGAUACUGGACAAGACGAUGCACCCAGAUCUGGCCUGUCAUCUAGUGUUGCCAUGUGUUGUGCAUUGCAGAUGCCAGAGAAAAAGUUCUCCUCUCAGAACUGCUGCAACCAGCUUCCAGCUCACCAGCUCUGAGUUCCAUUCAGAAGCAGCUGAAGAAAGCCCAGCACAAAAAAGCCAUCCAGCUCCCACUGAGCAAGGAGGAGAAUGAGCGGGUGAGUUCAGUGGGCUGUUUUUGGGGCAGCUGUGCUUGGGGUGGUGGCAGGAAGGAAGAUGUUGGCAUUGGAGGUAGAAAUGUGAAGGAAAGGGCACUGGAGGGAGAAACCAAAAGGAGAGGAACAGAGGAAAAGUGUGUGUGUGUUGGCACAAGUAGGAUAGGCUGGCAAAAAUAUCUUUUCCUGUGGUACAGGUAAUUCUCAACUUAUACUGUUAUGUUCUGUGGUCACAGCAUAAAGCCAAAAUCACAUAUAAUCACAGCACAUUGGGUACAGUGAUGGGUGGGAUUGCCAUUUUCCCCCAGAUGCACCCUGCCUCUUUUAAAUGUUUACAAAAUUUGUUCGCCAAGCACAUGAAGCUGAAUGCAUGCAAGUUCAAUGUGUGUAUGUUGGGAGUUACCUGUACAUCUCUUAAAUUUUGUUGUCAAAUUCAUUUUCUCUUUUUUUAAAAAAAAUACAUUUUUAUUAAUUUUAACAUACAAAUUAUAAAACAUACCACACAAAUAAUUACAAAUACACCUUUUUUUUGGACUUCCAUCAGCACCUCCGAUGAUCUUCCGUCUUAACCUAUUUUUAUGCAUUACUUAAUUUUAUAUUGUUUUUACCUCUCUUAACUUAUCAUCUCCCCUUUUCCAUUUUUACAAUAUUUCCAACAAUACUCACAGAACUUCUUGCAAACCUACAAACGUCGUCUGAUCAUCACAAAUACUUUUCAUAUAGUUCAUAAAUUUACUCCAGUCUUCGGUAAAUUUCUGGUCCCGCCGGUCUCGGAUCCUUCCUGUUAAUUUGUCUAAUUCUGCGUAGUCCAUCAACUUCAUCCUCCAUUCUACAAUCGUUGGCAAUUCUUCUUGCUUCCAUUUCUGGGCUAAUAGUAUUCUAGCUGCUGUUACUGCAUAUAAGAAAAGCUAACAUUCUUUUCUAUUUAUAUCACUUCCCACCAUUCCCAAUAGAAAUGCUUCUGGUUUCUUUGUAAAUGUAUAUUUCAACAUUUUUUUUCAACUCGUUAUAUAUCAUCUCUCAAAAACAUUUCACCUUUUUACAUUCCCACCACAUAUGAUAGAAUGUUCCCUCUUUUUCUUUACAUUUCCAACAUUUAUUACUAGUUUUAUACAUUUUCACUAGCUUCACAUGAGUGAUAUACCAUCUAUACACCAUUUUCAUCACAUUUUCUUUUAAUGCAUUACAUGCAGUAAACUUUAAACCUUCUUUCCAUAAUUUCACCCAGUCACUCAGUUGUAUAUUAUAUCCAAAAUCUUUAGCCCAGUGAAUCAUAACCAACUUAACCUCCUCAUCUUUCAAAUGCCAUUCCAGCAGCAAUUUAUACAUUUUAGACAAAUUUUUAAAAUCAUUAUUUAAUAUUUCUUGUUCAAAUUUCGAUUCCUUUUUGUCAAAUCCUCUUUCUUUAAAAUCUUGUUUAAAACUUUCAUUGACCUGGUAAUAAUGUAACCAAUCAUAAACAUAAUCUUUGAUUUCUCCAUAUGGUUUCAUUUUCCAUUUACCAUCUUCCUUACUUAUUAGUUUCCCAUAUGUUAUCCAUUUCCCACUCAUAUUGACCUUUUUCACACUCAUCGCUUCUAAUGGAGAUAACCAAUGCGGUGUUUUUUGUUCCAAUAGGUUUUUGUAUCUAUCCCAAACCUCUAUUAGAGAUCUUCGAAAAAUAUGGUUUCCAAAUCCUUUAUGGACUUUCGUCUUAGUAUACCAUAAAUAAGCAUGCCAACCAAAUCUUUUGUCAUAACCUUUCAAGUCCAGCAAUUCCGUAUUUUCUAGUUUCAUCCAUUCCUUCAACCAACAAAGGCGUGCUGCUUCAUAAUACAAUUUCAAGUCUGGCAGUGUGAAGCCUUCUCUUUCUUUAGCAUCUGUUAAUGACUUAAAUUGAAUUCUCGGCUUCUUACCCUGCCAGAUAUAUCUUGAAAAUGUCUUUUGCCAAUCUUUAAAUAUUGCAGCCCCUUUAAUUACAGGAAUUGUCUGAAACAAAAAUAACAUCUUUGGUAGCACAUUCAUCUUUAUCGCUGAAAUCCUACCCCAAAAUGAUAACUUCAACCUCCCCCAUAUCUCUAGAUCUCUUUGGACACUAUUCCACAUUGGCGUAUAAUUAUUUUAAAAUAGAUCAAUAUUUUUAGGAGUUAAUCAAAUUCCUAAAUAUUUCACUUUUUUAACAACUUCUAUACCUAUUUGUUGCUGCAAUGUAUCAACCAAGUCCUGUUUCAUAUUCUUAACAAUUAUCUUAGUUUUACUUUUGUUCAAUUUAAAACCUGCCACUUGCCCAAACUGUUCUAUCUCCUCUAAUACUUCUUUAAGUUGUCAAAUUCAUUUUCUCAAGGUUUGCUCCUAGGCUUAUCCUUUUUAAAAAAUAAAUAAAGGGUCUUAUAAAUUAAUGAGGAAUAGGUCCAUCAGGGGUUAUCGGCUAUAACAGAACAAUUCUGAGGCAGUAUGCUAGACAGAGCAUAAAGAGGAAAAAGCCAUCAGGUGGAAUGUAGAACUAACUGUUCCUGUCUUGUGUGAUAAAGCAAGGUAUUUUUUUCUGCCUUGUGAAGAGGAGGGGUUCAUGGACAUGAAUUUAACUUAGGUGUGCUGUGUUCAUGGUUUCAGAUCAAAUAGAUGGAGCGGAAUUGAUACCUGGCUACAUUGCCAGCUCUCACUAAAUGAAGUAUUAAGAUUCCAACAAUGGGAUUGCAUCAUAUUCUGGGUGAAGUAAAUUCCUAAAUAACUUAUACUGAGGCUUGACUAUGGGCAUCUUUAUAGUGGGUGCUCUGAAAUAUGCCUCUGGGAAAGCUCGCUGUAGCUGGUCUACCAUAUAUACCGUAUUUUUUGCACCAUAACACUCACUUUUUUCCUCCUAGAAAGCAAGGGGAAAUGUCUGUGCGUGUUAUGGAGGGAAUGCCUAUGGGUGGCGGGGGGGAUCUGCUGCAGUCGUGAGCAGAGGAUCCAUGGUUCCCCUUCCUUCCCUCCUCCAUGACUCGCUUUGAAACAGUAAAGCGGGAGAAGAGCCGCUGAGUGGGGAGGAGAGAGGGACAGAGAGCCUGCUUCUUUAAAGGAGCAAAGUGGGAGAGGAGAGGAGCCUUCUCCCCUUAUACCCCUCUUCUUCAUUAUUAGCAGCAUCCUUCUCCACCCACCCCACGCGUGCUUCUUCUCCCCUUAAACCUCUCUUCUUCAUUAUUAGCAGCAUCCUUCUCCACCCACCCCACGCGUGCUUCUUCUCCCCUUAAACCCCUCUUCUGCAUUAUUAGCAGCAUCCUUCUCCACCCACCCCACGCGUGCUUCUUCUCCCCUUAAACCCCUCUUCUGCAUUAUUAGCAGCAUCCUUCUCCACCCACCCCACGCGUGCUUCUUCUCCCCUUAAACCCCUCUUCUGCAUUAUUAGCAGCAUCCUUCUCCACCCACCCCACGCGUGCUCCUUGUCCCUUGAGUGCUUUUCCUUCCCUCUCCACUUAAAACAUGGUUACAAAGCAUGGAUCCACAUGGAUCCUCAGGAUUUUUGCACUGGGUCACCCCAAAUUCACCAUCAGAUCACACAGCAUGUCCAUGGCUACAUCUUGCACCAAAAAAAUCACGCACCCACUGUUGCCUGGGGCUGCAGUGGUGCAAAACGUGGUUACAAAGCAUGGAUCCACAUGGAUCCUCAGGAUUUUUGCAUUGGGCUACUCCAAACUCACUGUCAGAUCACAUGUCUGUGGCCACAGCAUGAACCACAAAAAUCAUACAUCCACUGUUUCGUUUAGAAUACUUUUUUUCUUGUUUUCCUCCUCUAAAAACUAUGUGCGUGUUAUGGUCGGGUGCGUGUUAUAGAGCGAAAAAUACGGUAUAUAUUUAUACAUAUACAUGCAUGCGUGUGUGUGUGUGUGUGUGUGUGUGUGUGUGUGUGUCUCUCUAUAUAUAUAUAUGUUUCAGACUAGUCGGAGCCAACGGAGGGUCACACUUUUAUAGUAUGUUCUUCCAGAAGUGGGUUCUGGCUUGACAACUCCCACGUCUCCUUAAAGAAAUACCUGUGUGUCACUGGGAUCUUCCUGCUGAAGGUUGUGCUUGUCUUAUCUGUCUACCUGCAGGUGGUGAGGGAAGCUGCCUACACUCAGACAUCUCAAGCCCUAGCUAAGUGGCAGCCAGUGGUGCAGCAAAACAGACGUGCUGAGCAGCUAGUCUUCCCAUUGCAACAGGAGAAAGUGACUGUCGCGGCCAUUGAGGAAGUGAUAAAUGGAUGGCAGGUGGGUGUUGGUUGACCUCAGCAAGAAGUGAGAAUUAGGCUUGAGCUGGACCCAGCUGUUGCACGGUGCUCUUGCCUCAUGUUCAAGCCAAGCUAUAUCCCUAGGAGUGCAGGAAACUGCUCUUCUGCUGUGUCCCAUCUAACUUAAUAUUUUCUGCUUUGACUGCCAACAGUUCUCUAGGGUUUCAGGCACAGUUCUCUCCCAGCCCUACCUGGGAGGUAUGUGGGUGUGCCAAUCAUCUACUGUGGCUUCUAUAGCUUGUGGUCUGGUAGACGGAACUCUGACUUAGCUAUUCAGCUUCAUAGCUCUAAUCUCCUAUUUGAGCAGAACUUACCAAGUUGCUUUCUCAGUUCCUCCUCUGAAAAAAAAAAGAGAACUAGGGAGACACUUACCUGUUUUAUUGUGCAGAUUAAUACCAUAUAAGUUGUUAGGCAAUCCAAUGUUACUAUGCAGUUACAGACCCAUUCAAAAACAAAGGAAACCCCCAAACCAUAUAACUUCUAGCAUAAAAUUUGAUAUGGUUCACAGGUGUAUAUGAAACAGGGAAACGAAAAACAGCCCAUACAACACUUAACUGUCAGAAUAUUUUCAUGAAGGUUUGUUGUGGGAAAUGAAUAUCUGAACUGUUUCUGUUAUUGUUUUAUUCAUAUCAGCCAAUAAGCAAGCUAAAUAACACUCAAAAGACCUUUCUGGAUAUUUUAGUCAGACAGGAAUAAAUCUGCUUUGCUCAUCUCUUUAAAAAAUUACAAAAAGAAUACCUUUUGGGAUUUCUAUUGCUCCAUCCCCACAGAGGGCAGAAUUCAUUGUAAGAAAACCCCAAUAGGCAGUUAAGGCAAUUAAAUUUGGUCCUAGAGAAGAUCAGCCAAUAUUUGGGAACAGUCACAUUAUCCAUAUAUUUGGCACAACCCUUGAAGCAGUCAGUGGACAAAUCAAGAUAAAUUGGGGAGCAGGUUUUAUAAGCAGCUGUCAUGGAGAAAUUUGCAUCAAUAUCUUUAACCUGAAGUUUAAGAAUACAAUUUGCCCAGUAGUGGUACUGAGUAGGAAAAAAAUCAGCAAAGGUCUAAUAACUGUAAUUUAUUGAUACCGGCUUUGGAAUUUUCUUUUUUGUUGUUGCUAGAAAUAAUAUAUGGCAAUUAUGUGGUAACGCUAUCUUAUAUGGGCUAUCCAGUUCCAGCUGAUCUUUGUCCAUACCUCUGAGUUACUUUUAAAAGACAGCUGAAGUAAAAUCUAGAGAGUUUAGCCACAGGUGCAUUUUUCUGGAAGAAAAGUACCCUUCUGAAAGUUUUAUAAGUGUUUACAUUUUACUUAAGAUGAUGUGGCAUUUUAAAAACUGGGAAGUGCAACAGAAAAGGAAAAGGUAGCAACCAACCACUUCCCUCUGUUUCUGUGCCCAUUCAAGCUCUGUUGCUUUAACUGCUCUUCCUGCCUCUAUCAUGCUAUUUGGUCUCCAUGAGCCUGUUCUUUUAUAUAGCUUUGCCAUUUCAGCCAAGGCAGCCCUCCCUCUCAACAUGUUUGGAGAGCACUCAUUCUUAAAACUUCCUGUCUGUAUUGGAACUAAAACCUAUCCUUACUAAAGACUCUGAAAGGUGUGGUAUUCUCCCUUUUUUGAAAAGGAGGGUUGUGUAGAAAUUAUUCAUGAGUUCUUCAGUAGGGGUGCAGUAUAAAUGUAACAAAUAAAUAAUAAUACAUUCUAUUUAUUUAUCUAUCUAUCUAUCUGCCUGCCUGCCUGCUAUGGUUUUUGCUCGGCCAAUAACUAACAUGCUUUUGGUACGAUAAAAGAAUAAGUUCUAAAAAGUAGUAUUACAACAGUCUGCAUAGGGACAGAGAAAAGCUAAAACCAUAACGACAGCAUCUAAUCACAACCUAAAGUAUUUCAGGGGUAAAACAAACAGAGUUUGAAUGCCUGUGGGGGUUCCCCCCCCCCUUUUAAAGGCUUUGCCUGGUUCUAAAACAACAUUAGAGUUCAAGCAAUCCCCUCUUGCAGAGGGUCUUAUGCAAGUCGGGGCCACUGCAGAGAAGGCCCUUUUACCUGGUGAGGUGAAGCAAUCCUUCAGAUACUGCAGCCCUAAGCCAUGAAGGGCUUGAAAUGUCAAAACCAGCCGAGCCUUGGAACUAACUUGGAGCCAGUGAAUAUGGGAAAGCACCUAUGUAACAUGCUCAUAACUUCGUUAGUUCCUAUGUUGCCUCAAGUUUCCAGAUAGUCUCCAGAGGCAGCAAUGACAAGCAUAGUCUGCAAAGGAAGAGGUAGCAUCCCUUCACCUAAAAUCAGACUGGGAAAUAAAGUAUUGUGAGGUUGGGGGUGGGGGUCCCCUGUUUUGUUAGUGACCUUUUGCAACCUUGUUGGACUAGUCUUUAGAGUAAGCUGAAACUUACCUCUCUGUGUCCAUCCUUCCCUCUUCCCACCCGCUCUAAGGCACGAACACCCCUGGAGCAAGAAAUCUUUGAUAUUCUGCACAGAGGAAAGCAGCCGGUGAAGGACCCACUUCUGACGCCACAGGAGAGGUCCUCGCUGCAGGCCAUGAGUCUGGAGGAGGUGAGUCUAGAUCUGGCUGUUUCUGUCCCAUUCUCCAUCUCUCCCUCCCUCCUGGAUCCCACACUGCCUUGCUCUGUAAGCUUUUACAGUCAGCCCUCCUCUCCAUUUGUGCACAUUUCCAGGCACAGUUGCGACGUAUGCAGCGCCAGAAGGCUCGAGUCCUGCAGUCCUACUACGAGGCUAAGGCACGACGUCAGCGGAAGAUCAAGAGCAAAAGGUAAGCAAUUGUUGUAGAGCAGCGGCUGGGAACCUACAGUCCCAUUAGUUCUGAUAGCGGACCACAAAACUGUCGUUCCCCCCUCCCCUGCAAGCACAGUUACCUGCUCCAUACCUGAUAUCAAAUUUUACAUUGGGUGUGGGGGCAGGUAAAGACAUGGCUGUGGAAGAAGAAUUGGGAAUCUGCAAAGUAUGCUCCCAGUUGUUCCUGUUCCAAGAAAGGCUUGCUGUUAGUCCUGAUCAGAUGAUUGGUCGUGACAGCAAGGCUUGCAGGGAUUGGCUGCACUACAGAGUUCUUGAUCAACUGAUCCCUGCCCAAAGCAGGCAUUGCUGUAAGAGCUGAUCAGCUGACUUAAGUUGGAGAAAAUUUGUGAGCAGCCAUCCCACCUACCUUCACCUUUUUAAGUUGGCUGCCUAAAAGAAAUGAGGCUGGGUGGGAAAAGUCCUCUUCUCACUUUUGUGGAUGAGCCCUGUUCAGUUCCUUGCAGCCCACAAAGGACUAGGCAUCUUGCGACUUGCUACACUGGAUUCUUUGGGAGGGAAGGGCAAGACAUAAAUGUAAUUUUUAAAAAUUUAGAAUUUAAUUUUUUAAAAAUAAUAAUAAUAAUAAAUAACAUUUGGAGUAUGUUAGAAACAGAUUCAAAUCCCUGUGCACGCAAAACGAAAACAUGCAGCCCCAUGCAUGGUUUCUCUGUUCCCCAACAGGUGUGGGCUCUGUUUGUUUAUUUUUUACACUUUUCUUUCAAUGAUGUCUCGAGAAGAUGGUAUACAUUGCUCUCCCCCUCUCUCUCAGCAUUCCCAUGCCCAUUUUAUCUUUAUCCUGUGAGGUGGGUAAGGCAGAGACAUUGACUCAGUCAGGGUGACCCAUUGAGCUAGACAGCUAGCAGGGAUUUGAAACUGAGACUUUCUGGUCCUAGGCUGAUACUCCAAACAAGGGGUGGGUAACUAGUAGCCCUCAAUAAGUUGCUGGAUUCCAACCCCUAUCAUCCCUGGCCAUUGGUUGUGCUGGGUGAAGUUGAGGGGAGGGCAGCAACAUUUAAAGUCACAGUUUUCUUGUCCCUUCUCUAACCACUUCACUGACUCUCUGCUGCAGGCUCUGGCCCUCCAGAUGUUUUUGAACUACAAUUCCCAUCAGCCUCAACAAGCACUGCCAAUAGGCAAACAGGUUCUACACACCAGCUCUAUUGCCUCCCUUGAAUCAGGAGUUGGCAGUGAUGUCAGUUAGCUGUGUGUCCUUUCCCUCUGGCCUGGCUAUUCAAGCCUCUGACAUUGCUAUCUUCCUCUUCCUGAAGGUAUCACAGGAUGCUUAGGAAGAUCAGGAAACGCAAGGUGCUGAAAGAAUUCGAGACGUUGCGGAAAACUAACCCUGAGGCAGCUCUAGAAGAGCUAGCUAAAAUUGAGAAAGCGCGUAUUGAGGUGAGUGCAGCCCUCUUCCUGUGGUACCGAGAUGAGGCCCCUCUGCCUAGUGGAGGGUGCUCUCUUACUGUACUCCACCAUCGUGACAUUUUGCCUUAUUUCUCUGUGCAGGAGAGGAUGAGCCUGAAACACCAGAACAAGGGCAAGUGGGCCAAAUCUACAGUCCUCAUGGCAAAGUACAACCUAGAGGUGAGAGACGUGUGGAGCGAGGAGGCUUUAUCAGCCAAAACCCGCUCUUAACAUGUAAUUAAACCAAGGCAGGUGCUUGAGAGAUUUGAUCGAGCUGAAACGUAGCUUCCAGAAAAGGGUUGGCUGAAAAUAUCAGGCUUUUCCCAUAGAAGUGGUUUUUAGAGCACCUUUAACAACAUUUGCAAGUGGGUGACAAAAGGCCUUUCUUUUGUCCGCUUGCCUUCCUGCCAUUCGGUGGAUUUACAUCCAAAGCCAAAAACAGAUGGCAAAACAUUUUCUGGCCAGUUGCAAUUCAUACCCUUUCUCCUGGGAAAUUGACUUUCUCUGGAGAGUAUUGUUUGAAAUUCUUACUUGGGAGGGGGAGGAAAUAGUAGUGAAUUAUUGUAAGUUGGGCUGUUAAAUAUUUUACUUGCCUCCGGGGUGGUUAUUAGAUGGGUGUAUGCUUUGCUGGUCCCCUUGUUGCUGAAAACAUGGGAUACUAUAAGUCAGGGGAGGGCCAAAGAUAGAUCUACAAUCUACUGGUAGAUUGUUGGACAGUUUGCAGUAGAUCAGUAAGGGUUUCUGACUUCUGAUUGUUUAGCAACAGCUGUGUCAAAAAGAAUCCUCCAGCACCAGACCGUUCAAGCUCUUAUCUGAAAUAAUACAGAAACAGGUUUGUCUAUGCAAACCAUCCCAGUAUCCAUGUUGACUGUUGGGAUCCUCCCCCUAAGCCUCCAUUUUGCAUAUGGCGCCACCUUCAAAGGUAGAGUUGUCAUAUUUCAAAAAGUGAAAAUCUGGACACAAAAGUUGUUGAUAUUUUGGCUGGUUGUUUUUUUUGCCAGAGUUUUUGAGCUGUGUGUGUGUGUGUGUGUGUGUGUGUGUGUGACAGACAUUUUUUUAGCUAUUUUAUGGAAAAUAGGCAAAAACGACACUGCUGACAUGAGUUACCAUACGUCCAGAUUUUCCCAGACAUGUUGCUGAUUUCCAGCUGGACACUGCUUCCAACUGCAGUAUUCCGGAUAUGUCCAGGAAAUUCCAGACGUAUGGCAACCCUAUUCAAAGGCUCUACUCUGCACCUGGCUUUGGGGGUUGGCUGGACCUGGGAGAGUUCUAGUGAAGAAGCAAAGAAUAGCUUUUGUAAGCCUAAGGUCUGCAAGUAAAUGCUAUUGCCUGCCUGCUUUUCUAGGCUAGGCAAGCCAUGCAGGAGCAGCUGGCCCGGAACAAAGAACUGACCCAGAAAGUACGCCCGGCAUCCGAUAGCGAGGAAGGUGGCAACGACACUGACGCAGAGGGGGAUCUCGUGCCAAGUGUUGUCAAUGAGAGGCCUGCUGGGCUGGAUCCAGACAACCCCUGGAUGUUGGGACGGCCCCACGCAGAGCCCAAGGAGGACCUUCCAGCUGCACCAGAAGACAGCGAAGAGAGUGACGAAGAGACGGAGCCACCUGCAACCAAGGAGGAGACUUUGCUGCAAGGCUUUGUUGCAGGUCAGCAGGGCCAGGGCCAUAAAACAAUGCGUGGUGUGGGGGAAAUGAACAGACAAUGUGCUUUUAUUACUUGUUUAAUACCAGGGCAGGGUCAUCCAGUGAAAACGAUAGGCUGUAUAUUCAGGAUACAAUAUUAUUAUUAUUAUUAUUAUUAUUAAUAAUAAUAAUAAUUUUCUUUUCUCAUAACAAUUAUUCAAUAUCAUCAUUUAACAUCCAUUUUCUAGUUUUCCCCCUCCCUGUUGACUUCUCCCAACUUCUAUUUCUGGUUUGUUACAUUCUGUUUAUACAUAAUGUUUUGUUAUCACUAAUUAUAUUUCUUGUUAUCUGUAAAUAAAGUUGUGAAUGUUUAUUUAAAUCCUGCUGUCAGGGGUUCAGGGACAGAGGCACAGGGUAGGGAGGAGAUGGAGAGCGAUGGGGAUGAAUCCCAGGACAGCGAGGAAGAGGAUGACAAUGACUCAAGAGAUUCCAUGAGUCUUUCCAGCGAAUCAGAGGAUUCCCAGAAGGGGGCGCCAGUGGUCAAGGCCAGGGAGCCCCAGGGGGACGUGUCAGGAACAGGGGGCCAGCCGGGGAUCCCAAAGUGGCAGCUGGGCGUCAGGACCAGCCUCCCCGCCAGAGUGCAGCGAAGGGGGUGGAGGUUCCAGUGUAUCAGGGGAAGCAGCUCCGGCAGCAGAGAAGGGAGGGAGGUCGGAGCAAGCCACCCUCCCGGAAGGGGAGGGGAGUAGUGAAGGGAGUAGUGUAACUGUCAAAAGGAAAGUUAGAGGUUGGGCGCGCGCGCCAAGUUCAAAUGUAGAGGCGCGCGGAAGUACAGGGAGCCCGGAAGAAGAGCCAGGUCCUAAAGCCCGCAGGAGGGGGGAAGAGCAGUCGGGGGAUAGCGCGUCAGGGGAAUCCAGGAGGGGCGAAACCCCAGCGGGCAGGAAGACCCUGAGGAAAAGGAAAGAGAGAAAGAGGUGGAGCAGCGCAAGGCUCUUAAACUGGUGCAGGGGAGGGACUGAUUCAGAGGGGACUUCAACGGUCUAAGCGUACAGACGUGGGGCUGCGCGCCUCGGAUAUGAAGCAAACAAUGAACUGCAAUAAACACUUUUGUAUAUAAGAAGAGAUUGGCGUUGGUCUUUUGUGAGCUGAGACCUGAGGCAGCCUUGACACCUGCCAACGAGUCUAUGUUUUUUUCUUGUUUCUGCAAGUAUGUUGUAAAGGGUUCCCAUUCUUUUCAAAAGUCAGUGUUGUCCUUUUCACACAGUUUGGCUGUUAAUUUUGCCAGUUCUGCAUGGUUCAUCAAUUUUUCUUGCCAUUGUUCUUUAGAUGGUAUUUCUCCAGUCUUCCAGUUUUGUGCUAUUAGGAUUCUUGCUCCCGUAGGUAGCGUACAUGAAUAAUGUCCGAUUUUUCUUCAACAUUUCUUGUCCUAGAAUACCUAACAAAAAGGCUUCUGUUUUUUUCACAAAGGUUAUUUUAAACAUUUUUUUCAAUUCAUUAUAUAUCAUUGCCCAAUUUUUAAAAAAUAAUCUUACAAUCCCACCACAUGUGAUAAAAUGUACUUUUCCCUUCUUUACAUCUCCAACAGUUCUUUUGUUCUGUUUUGUACAUUUUGGCCAGUUUUAAUGGUGUAAAGUACCACCUGUACAUCAUUUUCAUAUAAUUCUCUUUCAACAAUAUACAAUCCGUAAAUUUCAAGUUCACUUUCCAAAGCCUUAUCCAAUCCUCAAAUUGUAUGUUAUGAUCUAUGUUCUGUGCCCACUUGGUCUUUAGUUUCCCAUUCCAACAGAAUAUUAGACGCCUCCUUUAACAAUUUAGAAUUACCAUCUAUGAUAUCCUUUUGGAAUUUGGAAACUGUGUAAGUGAAUCCUCUCUUGUUAUCUUCCGUGAAGAUUUCAUUUAAUGCCUAUAAUGCAACCAACUCUGAAGGUGUUCCUUUAUCUCAUCGUAAUCUUUCAAUUUCCACUUUCCUUUUUGUUCUACUAAUAAAUCUCUAUAUGUUGGCCAUAUUCCUUUCAUUGUUAAUGUUUUAAGUGAUAAUGCUUCAAUAGGUGACAACCACCACGGGGUUUUGGAUUCCAGUAAUUCUUUGUAUUUUUCCCAUACCCUUAUCAGGGACUUUCUAAUUAUGCGAUUGUGGAAUCCUUUGUGUACCUUUGCUUUUCUAUACCACAGAUAUGAAUACCAACCGAAUCUGUUGUCGUGUCCUUCUAAGUCUAUUGCCUCCUCUUUUUCCAAUUUAAUCCAAUCCCGAAUCCAAAUAAGGCAUGCUGCUUCAUUGUAAAUUUUAAAAUCUGGAAGAGAAAAGUCUCUUCACUGUUGUAAGUCUGCAAGUAUUUUGUGCUUUAUUCUUGGCCUUUUCCCAUUCCAGAUAAAUUUUGAAAUAUCUUGCUGCCAUUUUUUGAAGCAAGCAUUAUUACUUAUUAUCAGUAUUGUCUGAAAAAGGAACAGUAUUUUUGGCAAUACAUUCAUUUUUAUGGCAGCAAUUCAUCCUAAAAAAGAGAGGUUCAUCCUAUUCCAUAUUUCCAAAUUCCUUUUUAUUUCAUUCCAAAAAAAAUUCAUAAUUGUCUUUGUAAAUACAGUGGUACCUCGGGUUAAGAACUUAAUUCGUUCUGGAGGUCUGUUCUUAACCUGAAACUGUUCUUAACCUGAAGCACCACUUUAGCUAAUGGGGCCUCCUGCUGCUGCCGUGCCACCAGAGCAUGAUUUCUGUUCUCAUCCUGAAGCAAAGUUCUUAACCUGAGGUAAUAUUUCUGGGUUAGCUAACAGUUUUGUUUUGUUUUUAUUAAGUUUAAAACCUGCCACUUGUCCAAACUUUUGAAUUUUUUCUAUUACUCUAGCGAGAGAAUUCUUUGGAUCUUCUACAGUAAUAACCAAAUUGUCCACGAAGGCUUUCAAUUUAUGUUCAUUUUUCUUUAUUCUUAUUCCUGCUACUUCUUUAUCCAUUCUAAUAUUCCUUGCCAGAACCUCCAGGACCAGAAUGAACAAAAGCGGUGAUAAUGGACAUCCUUGUCUAGUUCCUUUUUGUAUUUUACAUUGGUUUGUUAUCACCUGGUUAAUAAUCAAUUUUGCAUUCUGUUCUGAAUAUCUAUUCCCUUGCUAAAUUUUACUCCAAAUUCCAUUUUUUCAAGAACUUUUUCAUGAAGUCCCAAGAAAUGCUUUUUCUGCAUUUAUAAACAUCAAUGCUGCUUGUUUUUCAUUUUGUACUUCCAGGUAUUCAAUUAUGUUUAAAAUGUUUCUGAUAAUAUCUUUCAUUUGUCUACCUGGAAGAAAUCCUGCUUGGUCUUGAUGUAAAUGUUCUUCCAAAGAACUUUUCAUUCUGUUAGCAAGGAUAUAUGCAAACAGUUUGUAAUCGUUGUUUAAUAGUGAGAUGGGCCUAUAAUUUUUUACUAAUGUUAUAUCUGAAUCUUGUUUUGGUGUUAAUGUUAUAUAGGCCUCUUUCCAUGUUUCUGGGACUUCCCCUGUUUUUAAAAUCUCAUUUAUCAUAUCUUUUAAGGGAAUCACAAGCUGUUCAUUUAAUUUUUUAUAAUACUUUGCUGAAAUUCCAUCUGGUCCUGGGCAUUUGUCUGUCUUUGCUUGAUUUAUUGCAUCUAAUAUUUCCUGCGAUGUUAUUUCGCCAUUUAAUAGUAUCUGUUUUUCAUCUUUUAUUUUUGGGAGAGUGUUGCUUUUUAUAUAUUCUUCCAUCAGUGUCUUCUUUUCAAUUCCCUUUUUGUAAAGAUCUGUAAAGUACUUAAUGAAGUCUUCCCUUAUUUCCUUUGGUUUGUCAGUGACCUUACCAUUAUGUUUUAUCUUAUUUAUAUAUAUUUUUUGCUCACUUUUCCUCAUUUGCCAUGUCAGUAAUUUCCCUGGCUUGUUGGCAUGUUCAAAAUACUUUUGUUUCAUCCUUUUAAUUUUCCAACUUAUUUCCUCAUUAAUCAACAGUGAGUAUUGAAUUUGUAAUAGUUUAAUUGCCUGUUUAACCAUGUCUUUAUUUGGUUUUUUUAUUAAUUCUUUUUCUUUCUCUGAAAUUUCAUCUAAAAUUUCUUUCUUUUUGUUUUUUCUUGCCUUUUUCUUAAUUGAGUUUUGUUGUAUAAACAGUCCCCUCAUGACUUAUUUGUUAGUGUCCCAUACUGUUUGCAGCCAGGUUCCAUUAUUAAGAUUUAAUUCAAAGUAAUCUCCCAGAACCUUGUUUGCCUUUUCUAACAAGAUUUUAUCAUCUAAUAGAUCCUCAUUCAAUCUCCAUCUAAAGGUGGAUUAACUUUCUUUCAGAAUUUCCAUUAUUAUAGGACUAUGAUCCGACAAUGUUCUGGGAUCUAUUUCAAUUUUUAAAACUUUUGAUUCUAAUUCUUUUGAAAUCCAAACUGCAUCCAGUCUGGCACUACUGCCAUAUACAUGUGAAAAAGGUGAACUGUUUAUCAAACAUAUGUUUUAUUCUCCAGAUAUCUAUUAAAUUCAAUGCCUCUGUCAUAUCAAAAAAAAGUAUUGGGUAGCCUACCUGCUUUACUGUGUUUUUCCCUAAUUGUUCUGUCCAUCUCUAACGAUGGUACCCCAUUCAGAUCUCCCAUUAGUAUUACCUUCUCAUCUGCAAUCUCCAAAAGAUCUGUUUCCAAUUUUUGAAAGAAUUUUGAUUUAUUUUCAUUUGGUGCAUAUAUCCCACCAAUACUAUCUUUUCUCCUUGGACUUUGAUUUGUACCACUAGAAUCCUCCCUUUAUUGUCUUUUUGGAUUAGCUUGGGUUCAAGUGCAGGUUUAAUGUAAAAUACUACACCACGUCUUUUAGCAUUGUCUGCUGAAAUAAAAUCCAUUCCUAAUUUUUUUUUAUUAAUCAGAAUUAUUUUGUCUUUGUUUGCUAUGUGUGUUUCCUUCAGGGGGGAAAAGUAUAUUUUGACUGCUGUAAGAAGCAAUCAUUUUAUUUAGCUAGUUGACAGAAGUUUGCAUACUGCUUACUUGACUGCUUAAAUCUCCACACGGUUUUAGAAAGCACAAACUGAAAUAUUUCUUUUAAAAAUACUGACAAAUGCAAAAACAGGUCAACAUUUAUUUUAAAACUCAAAAUAAAUAGAAAUAAAAUUGAAUGUAUUAAAACGAUAUGCCUGAGUAUGUUUGCUGGGGGGUGGGGUGAUGUAUUCCAAAAAGUUGAUUAGUGAAAAUUUUGGGUCUGCUGAUAUUAACCAUGAUGGCAAUAUGGAGCAUCCACAUCCCAAGGCAGUGUACCCUUGAGUACCAGUUGCUAAAGAGCAGCAACGGAAAGAGAGCCUUGGUUUUCCUACCUUGCAGGAUGCUGGGCUAGAGUGGUGUCUGAUCCAGCAGUGCCCUUCAGAUUCUAUGUUAAUUUGUGUCGUGUUCUUGCUUCAGGUCUUAACAGUGAGGAAGCGAUGCCCAAGAUGACGGACGUGCUUUUACCAGCACCUCCAAGCCCUGUGCCGGAGGGGCCGCUCCUGAAUGAGAAGCUGGAACGGCUUCGUACCUUAGAGGAUAUGGAGGCCAUAGAGACAGAGGAAGUCCCACUGGAAAACGGAAUGCCAGAAGUCAACGAUGCUGAACUUCAGCAGCCUCCGGAAGCUGAGUCAUCGCCCAAGGGUGGCAAGACCCAGAGCUCCAAGAAGAAAGCCAAGCGCAAGGCUCUGAUUGAUCUGAAGGCAGUGCUGGCUCAGCCACUUCGUCCCAUUCAGUGUCCGUUUUUGCCUUCUGCUGUACAGGAUGAGGUGAGCACCAUUAGGAGGGGCUAAUCAGGGGUUCCAUGGAUCUGGAAGAGCUAAGUGCUAACGCUUUACUUGCACUGUGCCCCUUCAGGCUAACGGCGUGAGAAGCAUUCAUCUUUGAAAGCUCCCCAAUGGGAGAAAGCUAGUAUGUCAGGGAGAAGGUUUAAUCUCCUUGGCGUGUUUGUUUUCCAGCUGCAGGGAGCCUGAUCCCAGUGCAUCAGGGAAGAGACCAAUGGUAGAGAGCAUGCUUUACAUUAGGGAUGGGGCGGGGCUGUGGCCUCCAGAUGUCAUUAGUCAACACCCAUCAGCUCCAGUUAGCAUAGCCAACGAUGCUAAGGGUAGUUGUAGUCCAAUAACAUCAGGAGGUCCACAGGUUCCCCUUCCAUCACAUGUAGAAGAGCUUUGGUUCAUUUCUUGUUUUGUUUCUCAUUAAAAACUGAUUUUGGGUAGCAGAAUUAGAAGCCGUAUUUGCCUAGAGUUAUUGGAGAGCCAGCACUGAGCUAAAAGGACCAACUGUCUCAUUGUAUGAGAAAGCCAAUCAUUGCCUUCACAGAUUAGCUUUUUCAGAGCAGGCUGGCCCAGUUCAGAAAUGAAUGGCAAAUUAGGGUUUGUUGUUAGAAGAAGAAACCUGAGGCUCAUGCACUCCUCCACAUAUAUAAGAGGAGGCUGAAAGCUUCUACUUUACCCCUUUUUAAAAAAUGUUUUUAUUUGAAUGCACACACAUUGUGUGUGUAUACAUAUACAUAUACAUAUACAUAUACAUAUACAUACAUACAUACAUAUAGAGUAUUAACAAUAAUAAUCUGGUGAAAGCACCUAAAUAUCAACAACAGCAAUUACAAAAAACAAAAACUAGGCUAUUAACAUUAGUACAAUUUAUAUGCUAUGCCUAGAGAAACUUAGACAUUAAAUAGGAGUAACUAACAAUAGAAUGGUACCUUGGUUCUCAGACGAAAUCCAUUUGCUUUUUUGAAAACCGAGGCACGGCUUCCCAUUGGUUUCAAGAGCUUCUUCCACUCAGCGGAAGCCGCAUUGCACAUUUGGGUUCCGAAAAGCGUUCAAAAACGGAAGCAUUUACUUAUGGGUUUUCAGUGUUUGAGAACUGAAACAUACGACAACGGAGGCAUUUGGAAACCAAGGUUCCACUGUAUAACCAAGGGGACAUUAUUAUGCUUUCACUUUUGAAUUAAUCACAGUUCCCUGUUAAGUCCAAACUUGAGGAACUGUGGUUAGGUGUCUUCAAUAUGCUGGUUUAUUUUUUAAUGAGCAGCAGAUAAAACAAAUUUCUGUUCCACAAGUGCAGACAUAACAGGGAACUGUCCAGAGCUUACAAUCAGGUGAUUUCAAGCUCCUUUCACAUAAAGAAGGGAGAGAGGAAGGGACAGCAGCAGCACACUGACGCUAAUAGAAUCAUCGGAAGGAAGCAUGGAAGGAACCAUGAGGGUAAUCUAAUCCAACCCCCUGCAAUGCAGGACUCUUGCCCAACAUGGGGCUCAAACCCACAACCCUGAGAUUAAGAGUCUCUUGUUAUGCAAAUGUAUUAUUAUCUGAUCAGCCUUCCAGGUGGUGUUUGACUAUGGCUCCCAUUAUCUGUAAGCAUUGGUUUUGCUACCUGGGGGAUGAUGGGAAUUGGAGUCCAUCAGUUUUGGGGAGGGGGCACAUUGGGGUGGGCUGCAAUGUGACAAAGCAUGCUUUGUCAUUUAGUUUGAAUCAUGCCAGCAUGUCUUAAGCAGACAGCUUGUGUAUUACAGGAAAGUAUUCGAGGACCGAACUGCUCCAGAGAAUUCUUGCAAGCGAGCUGAGUCACAUGCUGCUGGGAAAGGGAAGGAGGUGUUUUAAAAUCCAAACACCAGAGCUCCUGGACAGACCUCUGGGCAGAGAAAUUCCUUCCUGCUCCAAAUCCCUGCACUGAGUCAGACUCUGUGAGCAGAAGCAAUUCAGCAAUCUCCUCAAAUGAGCUUUCAUUGGAUGCAGUUCCGUGCCACUCAGCAGUAUCUUGCUCCUUGUUGGUUAAGGAUGCAAAGUGGGGAGGAGACUCAUUUGUCUGUUCUCUUCGUUCAUUGUACACCUGUCUUUUGGCUCCAGCAGGGUCUUCAAGAAAGCUUAACAGCACUUUCCGUAAAACAAUUACAUUUCCAAUUGAGCAUCAAGGUCACUGUUAGAUUAUACUCUUCCUGUUUUAGUUACCUAUUGUCUGGAAAUCCUGUGAGACUCCAUGUCCACCUGCCUGCUGAUCUUUUUCUCCCUUGCAGCUAGAGAUGGGCAAAGACCAGCGACAGGUGAUCCGGGAGGCCUUUGCAAGUGACAACGUCGUUGCCGACUUUAUGAAAGAAAAGCGUCGGGCAGAGCAGAACAGCAAACCGAAAGUUAUCAAUCUGGUGCUUCCAGGAUGGGGCGAGUGGGGAGGCGCGGGACUACAGCCGAGUAAGAUGAAGAAGAGACGGUAUGUUUCAGGGUGGAAGCUUAGUGGUCUGUCACUGCCAGCUGUCACCUGCUUCUUCACCUCCCUUCUUCCUUUUCUUUUUUGCCCUCUAGGUUCCUUAUCAAACCAGCAGCUGGGCCCCCCAGGAAAGACAGGCACCUGCCCAAUGUUAUCCUGAGUGAACGGCGCAAUAUUUCAGCAGCGGUGCAUCAGGUGAGUUUAUCACUCUGGCCUGGGAGACUGCCGUUCACGCUUUCACCUGCAGAAACAAUGUGGGGGAAAGAAGAUGCAGUAUAAAUGUUCUUAGAAUCAUAAAAUUCUAAGAUGUUAGAAUUGAUUUAUUCUUCUUCUUAAUUAUAGAGUUGGAAGGGACCUCAAGGGUCAUCUAGUCCAACUCCCUGCAAUGCAGGAAUGUAAUUAAACUCUGUGAAUUUAACUGAGGAAAGACUAUAGCUCAGGCAGGAGAGCAUCUGUGCUGCGUGCAGAAAGUCCCAGCUUCCAUCCCCUGCCUCGCCAGUUUAAAAGGAUGAAGUGAUGGGAAAGAGGUCUGCGUGGAUUGCUGAGAAGUAGACAGUUCUGGGACAGAUGGAUAAAUAGUCCAACCUGUUAUAAGGCAAAUUCCUAGGUACUUGAUUGGGUAUGUACAGGCAACACCCUGUUUGCAUGGGGGUUGUGUUCUGGGUUAUCGUACGUGUCAGCAGUUGCGCAGAAGCCUGUUCUGCCCUGUUACGGGGCCAAAAGCAGCACGCAUGUCAGAGGCCAGGCUACAAUCAGAUGUGCAGAAAAUGAUCACUGCCUGUCCUAUGUACCUGACAGCAAUUCCUUUCUUUUGGUAUUUUUUAUAAGGAUUGUUUUAUCUGCCUGAAGGUUGACAGAGCAGGUUGCAACUACAAAAUAAUAAAAUGCAAGCAGCUCACCAAGGCUUUGUGCACGUGCUACCUCACUCCCAGGAACUGCCUGCUUAGCUGUGUGUUGUUCCUAGCCUUCCACUUUCAGGGUGCCAUUAAACUACUUCUUCACUACACUGCAGGUGAGCCAGCUGCCCUUCCCCUUUGAGAACAGCAAGCAAUUUGAACGCAGCAUCCAAGCACCCAUGGGCCCCACUUGGAACACCCAGCGUGCUUUCCAGCGUCUGACAGCUCCUCACAUUGUCACCAAGCCUGGCCACAUCAUCCGGCCCAUCAGUGCUGAGGACAGUGAGCUGCUCUGCAAAGUGGAAAAGGCAAACGGCAUGGGAAGGGAGCCGGAUUUGGCACUGUCAUUGUCACCCCACAAUCAUCACCCACGCCAUGCCUCAAAGAGGAAGGGUCGGCGGAGCUAAGUCCUACAGGGACUCUGCCAUACAGGCCUGACUCCUUGGGCUAACUGGCGUUGUUGUCUUCUUAUUUUCUUCAGUCAAUUUUAUUGAUUUUCAGUAUAUAACACAGAAACACAUACAACAAAUGUCUUCGUUUCCCAUCCCUCCCUCCCUCCCUCCAUUUAUUCCCAUGGAACAAAUCAGUUUAUUAAAUUCUGCCAGAGUCCAUUGAGUGAAUUAGGUGGAUGCCGGUCAUCAGGGUUAUCAUUUUGAAAACCCAAUGAAAGGAUGACAAGUUUCAGACAUCUAUGUCUUCUGUGCUGUUCAGUCCUUGUUCGUUUUUCCAGUAAGGGAAAUUGUCUGUGCAUCUUGCUUCCACACAGAAUUCUGUGAAUGAUCCAGUCUCUUCCAUUUCUGUGCCACCAAGUGGAAAGUGAAUCUAUUAACCAUUUGUAUUAAACUGUGGAACAGUAGAGUUUGAAGGGAUCUCUGAGGGUGACCUAGUCUAACCCCCUGCAAUGCAGGAAUCUCAACACGCGAUCCCUUGUCCAAUUUGAAACCGUACCAGACCCUGCUCAGCUUUACAAAUGUGUUAGUAGUUUUAUUGCUGCAGUUGAAAUUAAGCUGAUCUUCCCUUUAAAUGGUUAACAGUCCUAAACUUGAUGUGCAAUCUGCAUGUUGCCCCUUGAUGUGGCUUCCUCCCCCCACCCUGUGAACACCUUUUACCAAAAGGAUGUACAUAAGUCACAUGUGGAACAUUGUACCAAUUGUAUUGCAAGCUUACAAACACAAGUAUGAUAAUGAUUUAUUACUAUAGCUGCAUGUUAGUGGUGUCAGAUGCCAUUUAUGUAACAGCUUAAAUGUAAUCACUCAUAUAUGAGUUGAGACUAAUGCUGAGGAUUUUUUGGCCCAUAAAUUAUUCCAAUCCACAUCUUCACUUUCUAUGCUAAAUCAGUUUCCCACAGCCAUUUUACAUGAUCAUGUUGUCCAAUUGUUAGUUGGCUGAGUAUUUUGAAAAGCAUAGGUUUGUAUUGCAUAUUAUCAUUCUAAUUGCAUUUUGUAGAUGAGCCGCAUCAUUAUACUUCUGGAAGUGUUGGUAAAUCACUGUCAAUCUUAGGUCUUUUGCCUUAAUGGACAAACCUUACCAAUAAUUUUAAGAGUUUCGAUCAAUAUACAAAUAGGAAUAGUCUGAAAUGAAAACAAUUUUUGUAAUACCGUCAUUUUUACCAAUGACGCUCUUACCAUUCAUGAUAGGUUUAACUUGGGCCUAUUACUUACGGUCUUUAACAGUAUCUUUAGUAAUGGUAAAAAAAUACUUUUAUCGAGCUUUACCCAAGAAUUCCUAGAUAUUUUACAUGCUGUGGACAGAUCUUAAAGCCUGUGAUCACUUUGAAUGUAUCACAAUUCACAGGAUAAACUAAAACACAACUACUUGUUCAGAGAUAGCCCAGCAAUUUCACCAUAUUCUUUCCAUCUCCCUGUUGGCCUCUGACAGUGAUUAGUCUGGAUCAGAGAUCAUCAGUGCGAUAUAAUCAGCAAAUAAAUUGAGAGGGUAAGUCUGACCGUUGCGCAGAUGACGUCACCACCACCCUGUCUUUUUAAAUAAGUGUUAUUUGUUUUUUGAGAAAUCAAUAAACAAAUUUAACAAAAUACAACUUGCCAGUUGUUCCCUCAAUGUCAAAUUUUCAAUGUCAUUUUCUCCUGAUAACUCAACAGCCCAUAUGCGCGUAUAUCAUGAGGCAAGUGACAGACCCAUCACCAAAUUUCCAGCAUUUAGCUUUUUGAGGCCAACUGGAGUUUAUUCUAGUGUUUAGCUUCCACUUAACUGAAGAAGCUAGCUGUCUGUGAGUUCAGCCAGUUGUGUUUUGUUGGAGGGAGAGAAGGGAAGAUGGGAUAGGGUAUUCAAUGUGAAGACAUAGGUCUACUAGCCAUGAAUUUGGUGACAAGGUUGGUUGGCUUAAAAGUGCAAGCUUGUAUUGAAAAAUAUGUUUAAUACCUGGCUCUUUUUCGUAAGCAAAUUACUUUAAAAAUAAUGCAGUUGGGUUUGUUCAUCUCUUCCAAGAUUAAUUGGCAUCCUCUAUUCAACCUACUAUGGGGAAAAACUAUAAAUAUACUGCUACUUCAACAAGCUCAAGGGAAAUAAAGCUAUUAACAUGUAUUUAUCUCCAAUAAAACUUCUACAUUUGAUUGCAUCA